AUGAAGAAAACAAACGGAUUCACAUCAUAUAUAGAAUAUAUACUGCUUUUAUUGGCGAUCACAUCACAAGUAGUUCUUGCUACUUUAAACUGUGAUAUUCAUGUAGAUGGUGUGUCUUUUAAUCUGGCCCCUCUACAAGGAACAUAUCAAAUUAAUAGCACUAUUUCUACACCCCCGUCAACCAACGACUUUACAUGGCUGUUUGAUCCAUGUGCUUCUAUCAUUCGCGAAAAUGACAAACUUCCUUUUUCUUCUGAAUGUCCCGAUGGAUCUCAAAUUUGCGGUAUUCAAAGAGUGAUGCUUCCUGGUAGUGAUCCUCUUUUGGUUUCUAUUAUACCUGUUGCUGGUGAUUUUGACGGAAAACAAACUGGUGCAAGAAUUGAACUUAUCAAGGAAGAAAACAGUGAGAAAUCAAAGGGAUUACGUGUUUCAUUAAAAGGUAGUUCAUGGGGUGAAUCAACCCAACUUCAAGGAAUUAUUGAGUUUAUUUGUCCCGCUUCUGAUGGUAAAAAUGAUAUCUCAAGUUUACCAAAGUACGUCUCCUGGGAUCUCAACUCUCUUCGCUUAACCUGGACGACAAAAUAUGCCUGCGAAAAUGCUAUUACAGAACCAGGAAAUGGUGAUCACAAGGGUGACAACAAAGAUGACAACAAUAAGGGCGAUGAUGAUAGUGAUAAGAAUUCUGAUAAUGAUGAAAGUAAAUCUUGGGGAUGGUUCACCUGGUUAUUUAUCAUUGGAGUUUUGGGUUCAGCAACAUAUAUUAUUGCUGGAUCUUGGAUUAACUAUAAUAGAUAUGGAUUAUCAGGCGUUGAUAUUUUGCCACAUGCUGAUCUUUUGCGAGAUCUUCCAUUCCUUAUACGUGAUGUAAUUCGAAAGAUAGCAGGAACUUUCUCUGCAGGGAAUAGUAGAGGCGGCUAUAGCGCUGUUUAA